AUGGCGGUAACAUAUCUUGCUUCCAUUAGAUGUAACAAUUCUACUCAAGUUCCAGAACACGGGUAUUAUACAGUAGCCUUGAAAACAGACCCACUAAAGUUUGGAAACAAAACCCUGGAGGUUACAGAUCUUGUUCUGGAGACUGUGAACAAAUGUGGAGAAUUUACAGUUGCUCAGGAUGAAGGAGAAGGUGAAGCAGGAUGGAUAGAAGGCGCUGCUAUCUUAGUUUCUGUUGUUAUUGUUGUCCUAGUAACAGCCUUCAAUGAUUACACUAAGGAACAACAGUUUCGUAGUCUACAGAAUCGUAUUGAACACGAGCACAAAUUUGCCGUUAUUCGGGGAGGGGAAGUGCACCAAAUUCCAGUUAGUGAGAUAGUGGUUGGUGAUAUAUGCCAAGUCAAAUAUGGUGAUCUUCUACCUGCAGAUGGAAUUAUAAUUCAAAGCAAUGAUUUAAAAAUUGAUGAAAGUUCCUUGACAGGGGAGUCUGAUCAUGUAAAGAAGGGAGAAAAAUAUGAUCCUAUGUUAUAUUCAGGGACACAUGUAAUGGAAGGGAGUGGCAAAAUGGUGGUAACUGCAGUUGGUAAAAGUUCUCAGGCAGGCGUUAUCUUUACUCUUUUGGGAGCAUCUUCAUCAGAAACUGAAGAGGAAAAGAAGAAAAAGAAAAAAGAAGCAAAAAAGAUGAAAAAGCAGAAGAAAAACAGCACAGCAGCAUGCCAUAGUGAUGCUUACAAUAACCAGGAAUUGUCCCCUUUGGCUAUUCCUGUUACUUCAGCUGGUGAUGAAGAGGCAGCAGUCACUGGAAACCCAAACCUUAUGAAUGCAACCACUGCCAACAGCCACAGUUUGGAACCUAUCUCGAUGGAUGCUCCAAAGGAGUCCAAAGAUUCCGAAAACAAUCCCAGGAAAGAGAAGUCUGUACUUCAGGCUAAACUUACAAAGUUAGCUAUUCAGAUCGGAUAUGGAG